GAGGGGAAGAGGAUGUGAUCAUGCGAUCUCCAGCAGAAGGGAAAUUAUGAAAGAGAUCUCACCAUGAAAAGGGCAGCCCACAACCACUUGGCUCCCAGAAGAGGCUGAGCUUCUGAGAGGACGUGUCAGAGCAAGUAUUUGUUUCUCCAUCCAUCCAUCCAGCAUGGAACCAAAGCGGAUCAGGGAGGGCUACCUUGUGAAGAAGGGGAGCAUGUUUAACACCUGGAAACCCAUGUGGGUUGUACUAUUAGAAGAUGGGAUUGAAUUUUAUAAAAAGAAAAGUGACAACAGCCCCAAAGGAAUGAUCCCCCUGAAAGGAAGUGCUCUGACUAGUCCCUGUCUUGACUUUGGCAAAAGGAUGUUUGUGUUUAAGAUCACUACGACCAAGCAGCAGGACCACUUCUUCCAGGCAGCCUUCCUGGAGGAGAGAGAUGCUUGGGUGCGGGACAUCAAGAAGGCCAUUAAAUGCAUUGAAGGGGGCCAGAAGUUUGCAAGGAAAUCCACAAGGAGGUCCAUUCGUCUGCCAGAAACCAUUGACUUAGGUGCCUUGUAUUUGUCCAUGAAAGACACUGAAAAGGGAGUAAAAGAACUGAAUCUGGAGAAGGACAAGAAGAUAUUUAAUCACUGCUUCACAGGUAGCGGUGUCAUCGACUGGCUGGUUUCCAACAAGUCAGUUCGGAAUCGUCAGGAAGGCCUGAUGGUUGCCUCAUCGCUGCUCAGUGAAGGGUACCUGCAGCCUGCUGGCGAACUGUCUAAGAAUGCAGCUGAUGGAAUCAUUGAAAACCCCUUUCUGGACAAUCCUGAUGCCUUCUACUACUUUCCAGACAGUGGGUUCUUCUGUGAGGAGAAUUCCAGUGAUGAUGAUGUGAUUCUGAAGGAAGAAUUCAGAGGGGUCAUUAUCAAGCAGGGAUGUUUACUGAAGCAGGGGCACAGGAGGAAAAACUGGAAGGUGAGGAAGUUCAUUCUGAGAGAAGACCCAGCCUACCUGCACUAUUAUGACCCUGCUGGGGGGGAAGACCCUCUGGGAGCAGUUCACCUGAGAGGCUGUGUAGUGACAUCUGUGGAGAGCAGCCCAGAUGGCAAGAAGAGUGAUGAGGAGAACCUUUUCGAGAUCAUCACAGCUGAUGAAGUCCAUUACUUCUUGCAAGCAGCCACCCCCAAAGAGCGCACUGAGUGGAUCAAAGCCAUCCAGGCAGCCUCGAGGACUGGGAAGUGAGAAUACACCUGCAGGUCCUCAGCCCUUCCUGAGAAAAGUCCACAAAUUCGCUCCAGUCCAGGACCUAUCCCCUUCGGAGACAAUUCAACUGGAAAGGGCCUAGGGGAGGGAAGUUUUUGCCCGAAUUUAACUGUGUGCCACAUGAUAUUUACCUGCACCGCCUCGCUCACAACAGCCACUCUGCCCCACCCCAUGUCCCCAAGCUUUAUUAACGAGCUAUGUGACUUGAGUAGGCUACUUAACCUUUUCAGACUUCUGAAAGAGAACUCAGAGAUCUCUGAGGUCCUCCAUAGCUUAAAAACUAAAAACCAAAAAGACAAAGAACAACAAACAAGCAUAAAAAUGCCCUGGGUCUCUAAUUGUCUUGCUGUGCCCUUCCUCAGUAAAGCUUGGGCCUUCAUCUAGCUCAGAACGAGAGACAGUCCCUUCCCUUGGAACUGCUGUCAAUUGUCUCCAGAGCACUCAGACAAAACCUUUUCAAGACACCUUAAACUUGCUCUUAGCCAUGAGAUGAAGGGAUGAUAUGCACUCUUUUUCCUCCUACCUAUCCAGACACUUUGGAGAGCAGAGGGGGCUUAUGGCUUUUAGCCUUAAGCCUCCUAUGACUUUUUACAGCCUUGGGAUUCAAUGUCUUCUAAGAAAAUACUUGAGGAAGAUAGGCAUCAAUGAGGGUCAUUUUCAGGCUUGGAAGCUACCUAGACCUUUUCACUCCCUUUGAAGUUGAAUCUGUGAGGAGCCUCUGUUGUUCCUUUCUGAAAUAUUUCUCCACCAUUUAACAUACUUAGGAUGGGAGCAAGUUUCUCAUGAGCUUUGCAGGGGGAAAAAAGACCACAUGGGUUUCUGCAUGCAUGAAGGGCCUGGGCAGCUGCCUGUCUAUGUGUCCUCCAGCUGCCCAGGCCUGCUGGGUGGAUGCUGGCUUUAUACCAUGUCAGCAGUGAACAGCCUCAAAUCUACACAACUCUGGUGGU